CAGAAGGCCAUAGAUUUUCUCACUUGGUGCGGAGACGCGCUAGCGGCGCGCGUUUGGGUAUGGGUGUUCUGUGGUUUGGCCAGAUGAACCGCUUCAUAGGUGUUUUGAGGCUUUAUUCUAUGUGUCGCCUUUGUAUCGGCCGGGCAAAUGUUUCUUAUUCCCAUAUUUAUUCCUAAGUAAGAACCAUGCGCGUCCGCUGCACCACUGUGGAAGGUAGAGUUUCCCUUCUCUAAUGUGCUACCGAAACGCAUCUGGAAAAAAAAGAAAAAAAGGUGAGAGCCUCACAAAUGCGAUGAGCCUAGCAGAAAGUAUCACUGCCAAAAUGGCAUACCAUGCCCUUUCCAAGGUCAUCGGUCAGAAGGAGGUUGGCACGCAGUGCAGCUUGCCUCUGGCUGACAAGUCUGUUGGGUGCUCCUUCAAAGCAGCCAGCAAGUCUAUGAGCGUGCAAACUACAGAGACUGUGGAUCAGUCAAACUCCACCUCAGCAUCGAGGCCUUCUAUUUCUCCAUCAACAGCCAACGGUGACAGUUCACAGAAGGAAUGCCUCCACCAAGAUCAUCUGUGUGACUAUGCGGCUGAUAAACUGUUUUGUCCGGAAGCACAUGCCAAGGUCGAUACUAGUGAGCGUCUGUACAAGUGCAAUUUGUGCCCUCAGAGCUUCUCAAGAAAAGGCACCCUUAAGAGCCACUUGUGCGUCCACACGGGUGAGCGGCCAUUUCAAUGCGCUUCAUGCCUUCAGAGCUUCUCACGAAAGGACCAUAUGAAAGCCCACCUGCGCACCCACACUGGUGAAAAGCCGUGGCAGUGCCCUUCAUGCCCUCGACGCUUCUCGCAUAAGGUCUUCUCGCGCAAGUUGUACAUGAAGGAACACCUGCACACCCACACAGGCGAGAAGCCAUUUGAAUGCCCUUCAUGCUUUCAGAGCUUUUCACGAAAGUCCCAACUGAACAUCCACCUGCGCUCCCACACAGGUGAGAAGCCGUGGCAGUGCCCUUCAUGCCCUCAACGCUUCUUGCAUAAGGCCAGCAUGAAAUAUCACCUGCGAAUACACACUGGUGAGAAGCCAUGGCAGUGCUCUUCAUGCCCUCAAAGAUUCUCGCAUAAGUCCAGCAUGAAAGACCACCUGCGCACCCACACAGCAUCGAGGCCUUCUAUUUCUCCAUCAACAGCCAACGGUGACAGUUCACAGAAGGGAUGCCUCCACCAAGAUCAUCUCUGUGACUAUGAGGCUGAUAAACUGUUUCGUCCAGAAGCACAUGCCAAGGUCGAUACUAGCAAGCGUCUGUUCAAGUGCCAUUUGUGCCCUCAGAGCUUCACAAGAAAAGGCGCCCUGAAGAUCCACUUGUGCGUCCACACGGGUGAGCGGCCAUUUCAAUGCCCUUCAUGCCUUCGGAGAUUCUCGCAAAGGUCCAAGGUCAAGGAACACCUGCGAACCCACACAAGCAAGGAUCCAUUACAGUGCCCUUCAUGCUCUCGCAGCUUCUCACAAACGACCCGCCUGAAAGACCACCUGCGCAGUCACACAGGCGUCGAGAAGCCAUAUCAGUGCCCUUCAUGCCUUCGGAGCUUCUUACAAAAGUCCCAACUCAAAAUUCACCUGCGGACCCACACAGAUGAGAAGCUGUGGCAGUGCCCUUCUUGCCCUCCAAGAUUCAUCCGAAAGUCCGGCAUGAAAGACCACCUGCGCACCCACGCAGGCGAAAAGCCAUUUCAGUGCCCUUCUUGCCCUCAGGUCUUCGCACGCAAGGUGAGCCUGAGAGAACACAUGCACACCCACACCGGCGAGAAGCCAUAUCAAUGCUCUUCAUGCCUUCGGAGCUUCUCACGAAAGAACGAACUGAAAACCCACCUGCGCACCCACACAGGUGAGAAGCCAUGGCAGUGCCCUUCAUGCUCCCAAAGCUUCUCGCAUCAGUCCAGCUUGAAAUACCACCUGCGCACCCACACAGGCGAGAAGCCAUUUCCGUGCCCUUCUUGCCCUCAGGUCUUCUCACGAAAGACCAACCUGAAUGUCCACCUGCGCACCCACACAGGCGAGAAGCCAUUUCAAUGCCCUUCUUGCCCUCGUGUCUUUUCGCGCAAGUUCAACAUGGAGGAACACAUGCACACUCAUACAGGCGAGAAGCCAUAUCAGUGCCGUUCAUGCCUUCAGAGCUUCUCACGAAAGUCCCAACUGAACACCCACCUGCGCACCCACAAAGGCGAGAAGCCAUCACAGUGACCUUCAUGCCCUCAAUGCUUCUUGCUGAAGCAACACCUGAGCAUUGAUACAGGUGAUCGAGCAUACUGUUGCGCUGUCUGCUCCAAGCCCUUGCGCAGACUGAUUACUUGAGCAGACAUAAGAGAACACAGCACCAUGAAACUAGAUUAGGUCAACAGCCAUGUGGAACUAGUGUUUCAAUUAAAAAUCUAUAGCUAUGGUCUGUGCUCAA